GGCGACUGUUAAAUUUCCGGUUGUUUCUGCGCUCAUCGAGUUGACUUUAACGGUGCUGUCCAUGUGUCCGCUUUGAGCGCCGUAACGCGUGCUUCUUCGCGCUCCUCGAAUGCUCACUUCAACACCAACCUUUACCGCCAACGUUCACUCAUGCGCGCCGAGUCUGCGACGACUGCGUAAACGCCUUCCGAAAAGCAGUGUCGUCCCUCUCGGAGGGGGUGUCCCGACACAAGAAACAAAACACGACGUGACGACGGCCGUUUCGUCGAAACAACCGCCUCCUCCCGGGCACCUUCAAAGGGGUUUGUCGACAGCUGUUAAUACAUGGCACUCAGACUGUGGUCGCGUCGCAGCGUGCUGCCGCUGCGGAUGCUGCUGCGGCACGUCCCCGGCGGCGCCGGGAGCUUCGAGGUCGCCUCUCUCGACGUGGUGCCGCCCUGUCCGACGUCGAGCCGCGUGUGGCGCGUCUCUUGUAUUUCGACGGGUGCCGGAGGUGAUCGCGGUGCCGAGGAGGCGACGACCACCAGGCCCGUAUUUCUGCGGUCCAAGAGCCGCGUCCAGAGGACUCGCGACUCCCUGGCCAAGACUGGACGCUCGCUUCGCGCCACGCGCGAGAAAGUGACGGAAAAUGUGGAGCAGACCAAGAGGAUCGUGACCGAGCGCAUGGGGCAUCUGCGCGAGAAUGUCAUGACCAUACCUAACGCCCUCUCCCUGGCACGGCUCUGCUCCAGUCCUCUCCUUGGCUACCUGGUGGUCACUGAGGGCUACACUUCGGCCCUGGUCCUCUUCGCUGCCGCCGGAGUCACCGACGUGCUCGAUGGCUGGGUGGCAAGGUCGUUCCCCUCGCAGCAAAGCAUGCUGGGUACAGUGGUAGACCCACUGGCUGACAAGUGCCUGGUGGCCACACUCUUCCUCAGCCUCACUGUUGCCGGACUCAUCCCCGUUCCCUUGACUGCCCUCAUUGUGGCCCGGGACGUCACCCUCGUGGGCUGCGCUGGCUACCUCCGGUUCGCUUCUCUUCCUGCACCUAAAACAUUUCUGAGGUUUUUCGACGUUAGCUUGGCGACCGUCAAGUUCUCGCCUACAAGCAUCAGCAAGGCAAACACUGCCGUGCAGCUGGGACUAGUGGCGGCCACGCUAGCUGCCCCCGUGUUUGGUUUUGUGGAUCACAGUGCCUUGCAUGCCUUCUGGUAUCUGACAGCGAGCACGACAUUGCUGUCAGGCUUAACGUACCUGUUUACAAAGGAUGCUUACCAGUUCAUCAGGAAGGACAAGUCUUAGCCGAUACAUGUGCGGAAGUUGCGUGAGGAGCAUCUAUAUUGUGGCAGUUCUCGACUGCAUCCAGUUUGGACAACUAGUACCCGAUUGUUUUUUGUUAUAGUUGAACUGUUUUUAUUGUGUUGAAGCGGGUGUGCGAAUUGUUGUUUCUUUUACAAUUGAAAGGGUCAUUUUUUUGGUUGAUACGUUUGAUGGACUUUGAAAGGUACGCACAUUCUUGGAAGACAGUCAUGCGUUUUGUUUGUUUCUCUGCAUGUGGCCAAAUUUAGUCAGUAUCACAGGUGGCUUUCAUGCAGAAGCUUGUUAAGUUUGACGAAGUCAUCUCAAUAAGCUAUCUUGCUGGUGUCUAAUGAACAUGGAGCUCAGUCGCAACGACGAUUAUGAUAGCUUUCUAUUUCCGAUGGACGUCUCGCGUCGAUGUAAAACAGCUGCUUCGCCCUGAGGCUACUAUUAUCCCGAGAAAGGUGUGGCCUUAUCUGGCUGGCAUAUCCCUGACAGUGCACCGAAAACAAUAUGUGCAGGGGAGGGGUGGGGGUUGCGUCUGAUGUGCUAGUCACUGGUUGGGGUUGAGAUGUCAAAGUGUGCUGCUGUUUUCAGAUAAGAUAUCGCGCUGGUGUUAUGAUUACAGCUGUCAUUAGACAGUGAUGAGGAGGAUGUGUGAUGGCUGUGUUGGUGUAGCUGUACUGGCUCACAUAUGCUGCGCUGUGUUGGAUAAAAAAGAGUUUUAUCCACGCGUCUGUACUGUGAUGCUACACAAAGAAAACUUGCAGGGGUUUCCGAGAAAUUGAUGCAUCUCAGUUGAAGUGAGAAAGGCGCAUUGUGCUGCCCCGAGGAUCGAACCCGGGACCUAUGCCUCCCUGGCUUCCUGGUUAGUUCAGAUGGUGUAAUCGCUCUCCUGACUGUACUAAAAAGACAAUGUUCUCCAGUUUGAUCCUUGGUCCAGUAGAAAGCUUCUUUUUUUUUUCAACUGUGAAGCUUUCUUCUUGAGAAACUAAUAUGGAUUGCUUUUACAGCUUCGUGCUACAGCUGAUUGGACGAUCGCCUUUUUUUAUCAAACAGUUAAAACAGCUGCACCAGUCGCGUGUGUUCAUAAAUGGUCUUGAUGCGCUUUGGAUCUGCAACCACUGGCUGCAGGAAGUCUAGUUUGUUCAGUCGUAGAUAUGGUCAAAAUGGAGGUUGCAAGUUCUUUUUAUGCCUUGUGCCUCAUUGCUACGUAUAAUCUGUAUGUGCAUAUGGAGUCAAAUGGAGAGUAGGGGGUGAGCACUGCUCUGGAUUUUUCUUGCAGCAAUGAAAAGCAUCUUGUUUUUCAUUUAUUGGGCCUCGUGUAUAUGGGCCUCGUAAACCUCCGGAGUGCUUCGUUUGUAAAAUAACAGGAUGGAUAGGUGAGCUAGCUGGCGCUACUUUUCUUUUUUGUUCAGAAAACUUAGAGCUCACAUGAAAAGACACUGACCGAAGAAUCCAUAGUCACUGGUGUGUGUUUCUGUCUUCAUCCAGUGUCUAUUUGCACUCGAGGUUUUGUAAAAAAAUGUUUGCAUAGUUGUCUGACAUACUGAAAUUGUCGCUGCUUUUUCGAUGUCAUGGCGAAGCGUUUGUGCUGAGUGUAAGGUUCAUGUUGAGGUUCAUCUUGGUCACUCUUUUUCCGCGGGGCUUUUGUUGUUUUGUCGAGAGAAAGAGAGAAAAGCUUUGUGUGAGAACAGGUUUCUUCUGCAUCGGUGGGAGCUCUUAGUUCAGAGCCCCGUUGGCUUGCACAACUUAGUGUGCUCGCUGGAUCGGCCAUCACUGCUCUCAGCGCAGUCUCCCAGGAGGAAGGUGAGGGCAACAAAGUAGAGGUGUAACCUGGAUAUUUAUAGGUGCAGUGACACACAGCAGGGUUCACUUCACAGAAAGAUAUUGUGAAAGGUCUAUAAAAACUGAAGGCUCAAAAGACGGGGGUUUUCUCAUACGAAGUGCCCAACAUUGCACUUCGUAUGAGAAAACCGAGGUACUAUAUGGGAGCUCCUUUCCUGGUGCGACGUACAAUCAACUUCAGGUGCGGAUCGGUAAUCGGUACGUUCCAAAAGAUUAGCUGUUAGCAGAAGAACACACUUUAAGACCAGGUGCUUUCAUUUUAAGACCGGCUUGAUAUUACUACUGACUAAUAAAUUUUCAUGAUCUCUGUUUGUAAUAUGCACUUACCUUGUAUGAUUGAUGUACACUGGGCGUCAAAUGAAACCCCAACAGCGGCAAGCCUUCGCAGUGCUAUAGUGCGCACCGUCCUGUAAUCACCAUUGACAGGCACGGGCAUCCGGUUUGACCACACUGCGUAUAUGCAGGCCUGUCCAUGGUGAUGACAGGACGGCGCGCACUAUACCAUUGCGAAGGCUUGCCGCUGUUCGGGUUUCAUUUGACGCCGAUAGUACAUGUCUUGCAAAGGCAUUCUUUGCAUCGUUCUCUUGAAGUGCAAGCUUUAUAGCAUAGCAUAUCAACAUUACAUGUGACACACUACACUCCACAGUCAUAGGUUAGAAGUUGCCAUAGGAAGUUACUGCAUAACAAAGCAGUUUCUGCCAGAAAUAAUUGUCUCUUUGGCUACACAAAGCAUUUAAAGAAAAUACAUUAUGGCAGAUAAAAGCCCAUUGAAAUUGCAAAAAAAUCAUUACUUUUCAUAAAUAACUUUGCUGGCGGUACACUGUUCUCCAUUCGUGGAAGGAAACAUUCACGAACAAACAGAUUAGCUGCAAUCAGCUUAUUGCUUUGGGUACAGUACGGAUGGAACAGGUGGAGCAUGUGAAAGAACAAGAAGGACAAAGGACGUGGUGUUAUACUGGCUUUGAUGGUUUGUUGCACAUUAUGUAUAACUUUGUUCUAUUCUGUACUAAGGCAUCAUAGUUUCUCAGGCACAAAGCCGUUUGUUUUUCAAGGUUUGCCUGACUUAAAUGUAGUGAAUGAUUAUGGUGACGAUUGCACAGACACUUAUGAUUGUUCUUGUCCCAGUGAGCAUUCUAACGGAACAAUAAGAGAUGGGACAAAGCCUCCAUGAGUUUGUCGUGUGCUGGUGCUGGUGCUCAGCACAAUAAAUUCAAAGAGGGGAGGGGGGGGUGGAUCAAGACAUCUGGAUCCACACCCCCCUUGUAUACACACAUGGCUUCUGUUUCUGGCUUCAUAGUGGCCAUCCCUCUUUCUUUCCUUUUUCUUAGACAUAUAAUCCUUUCCUCUGCACUCCCCAGUUUAAUCUAUCAUGUACCUAUCCCCCACUCCUCCAACCAAUCUCAUUGAGGAGGACUGAUGUUCAUUUCUUCUUCAUAAUCUAAGCUUUCAUAAUCUAAUCACUUAAGCCUUAAAGGCCCCCUAAACCAGCUCCAAUAUUCUUUUAACAUUUCAAGUAAAUGUGUGCAUUGAGUUCAGAAUGCCGUCACGAUGAGCAGUGCCAAAUGUGGCAGCGCUUUGAGCCGCGAGCACACCACAAAUUCCAAAUAACAGUCCCUUGCCCUCUCCUGGCCUUUUGGUAAUCCCCAGAGUUGGCCGCGACGUCGCCAUUCGUGUCUGCUCAUGCCAUCUGCGAAAAGAACCUGUUUGUCUGCGUGCAGGUAUGCGUGCUCACCGCUCUUCCCCUUCACACGGCGAGGAGGAGCACUUGGUCAGGAGAAGAGACGAGCCGAUGAACGUAGUUUAGCGAAGGAAAGAGCGGGGGUCACUUUUGGGCCAUCAAACGCGUGUAACUCCGCUAUUACGGCACCGUUUCGAAAAAUUCUUGCGGCUGAGUGUUUGUUGAAGACUCGUGCACAACUGCAACACCACAACUAAAUUUCGACCUCUGGUUGGAUGAGGGGCCCUUUAAUUGAUCUUGGAAUUAGGUAGAACACAAAGUAGCGCUUCUUCAUUUAGGAAGGGCGAGCAAGAUACACUUGUACUUGCACCUUUGUAUACUGUGCCAGCAUUUUCAGCCUUGGCUCAUGCUAUGUGAAACAGCCUGUGCUCACAGAAGAGUGUCUACUCCUAGCUCAAUUUUAUUUCAGGAGACCUGAUGCUGUUUCAGAUUCUCAAAAAAUGUUUAUUUAUGAACACAAGCGACUGUGUUAGUGAGGUGUGUAUGCUAUGCUAUAAUAGCACAGUAUGGGUAUUGUUGACGAAGUUGACCACAUUGCUUUUGUGAGCAAGUGCAUAAAUUUUUUUAUAACAUCGCAAAUAAGUGGCAUGGCAUGUUCGAACAUUGCCCAAAACAAGUGGAACAUAUCUUUGAAGUAGUGUGCUUUGAAAUAUGUCUUUCAUCAGUACGAACACAUUUUUUAAAUUUCGCUUGUAGCGGUAUGUGCCCCUUUGGUGGAGAGCCGCAGUUGAUUUUUAAAUCUGAGGAGUCUCUUUGGAAGUGGUCAUAAUCAAUGAAUACAAUGCAGCCUUUUACUCAGGAACUGGUUAUGGUGUGCGUAUAGUAAUUUAAACUGCAAAUAAAAUGUUCCUUGCUGUGAUUUAUUUAGAUACAGUUAGGAAAUUUACUAUUCAAAAUUUUCAAAUAUUCCUGAUUCCACUUUCCAUUUUAAAACACUUUGGAACAUAAAGGGAGAUAGACCAGUGCAACUAUUUAGUGACUAUUUCAUAUGGUUUUGCUGCAAAAGAACCAUCGUUGUUUGACAAAAGCAUCUGUUUCUGAUCCAGUUGUUGGUGUUCACAUUGUUUUUGGUAUUCAUUUCGAUUGAAAAAUUUGCACACUAUUUGAACGCCCUUACCAGUUGUAAUAGCUUUUUACGAUGCUUCUCGUUUCACAACAUUGUUAUGGAUCAAACAAACAAAAAAGAACAUUUCUGUUCAGGCCACACAAAGAUAUAGGCGUGAAGUCUAACGGACUAACGCACCUUGUGUGGCAUGUUACGUACCUUUAAAACAAGAAUGCAGAAUUUAUAUACCUGUGAAUCAAAGACACCAACAUGUUGAAGUUAUAAGCUGCUUUUUAAACAGUCUAAGUUUUAGGCAUAUGUGUUUUGCUGGACUCUUUGUGAGGCUGUUGGUGUUCUAGUGUAAGCAAGGCUGUUGUACUCAGUGAAUUUGAUGAUGAAGCAGUUUUCAGAAUUGUGCACGUCCUUAAAGGCUAGCAGCAGCGAAAUUUUGACCUGCCUGAAGUGUAGUGGCAGGUAGUGCUGAUUUGGAGCAGCCUUUGUGCAAAAUGUUGUUUUAUAUAUACUCAUGGUACAUCACAGACAGCUUACAAAAAUCCACUUUUGAUAAUAGCACUGGGAAAUAAAAGAUACCAUCAUUAACUCUUGCUGGAACUGACUGAACAUAAAUAAGCAGCAUUGCUUUCUGUCAGUGACCACCUUGGUACGGUCAUACUGCUGACCAUGGGCGGCUGCAGUGGGGUGCAAAGAGGCAGGGCCGUACCCAGGAAUUUUUUUCGGGGGGUGUUUGUUUGCAAAAAGGCUAAUUUUGGCAACUGGUGGUCGCUGUGACGGUGUGCAACUAUUUUAGUGUCACCCGAAAAGUUAAAGCACGAAAAAAUUUCGGGGGGGAGGGGUGUCAGAACCCCCUCAACCCCCCCUUAGUUACAAUCCUGCAAAGGGGGCACUUUCCACUUCGCCCGCUGCCGCACUGCAAUGCGAGCUUGCGCUCGUGAAGACAAAAUCCUGCCAACACCCAUGCUGCUAACCACCACUGGCAUAUAAUGCUUGCUUAAGCUGUAAAGCUUAAGCAAUUAUGAAAAACAAAUUAGCCUUGCAACAUCAGCAUAAUUGUGUGAAUCAUGUGUGCACCAAUUUAUAACUAAUUGAGCCAAAGCACACCUUUGCUGCUGUUGGCCUUAAGGCUGUGCAAGGUACAGUAAAUGGAUUGUUCUUGUACAAAUAGCCGAUUGUCUCGAAAGAUGUUGUAGCUGGUGCUCAUGAGUGUUUUUUCCCCCCAUGCCAUUUAUGUUGUUGUAGUUAUGUAUUACCAAUGCCCAAGUGUCUGUUGGAGUAGUCCAUUGGUAAAUUUGUAAAUAUACUCGACUUUUCGUAGUUUUAUAAGACUGAAAAAAAAAAGUGUUGCAUUUGAAACAGUGUAGAUAGCACGAUGUUUUCGAAGUAAUGCUAUACAGUGAUCAGAAAAUUUUCUAAGAAGGCAGGCGAACAUACUCAAUUUUCCCGCAGGUAAUAUAUAGAAAAUAAUUAUUCAGCGGAAUUGAAGGUUUUAUAGUCCGUACAACUUCAAAAGGCAGUGGCGUUUCCGUCGCAAAAGCAGAUUUGCACGAGCCUGCACCAAUGGGCGUGCGCUCUAGACUGACGUCGUAAGACACGGUUGGUGACUUCUCCAUCAGAGAACAUUGCCGAGUACAUGAGCGGGAACGUUUCUUUAGUCGCGGAGGCAAUCACCUGCCGUGCUUCAGUUAUCUAGUUGAGGCCUCUCUCCUGCCUUACGAAGCUGUAUGCGAUUAGUCAGGUGGUUAGCCGCCUUUUGCUUCAAUUUUUUCGCUUGGUAGCAUGUAUCGUCAAAAUGGAUUUCUUUAUAAUAACACAGUAGUUGUCUUACACCUUGAAGAUCAGCUGUGCAACUUUGCAUGUAUAGUGUGGUGCACUAAUCUUCGACAGCCGCGCACACAGAAAAAAAGAAAGAAAAACAAACAGGGUGAUCAUUUAUUUGGGGACAUCAUUUAUUUCAUGUUGUUCCAUGCGACUACAACAAUUCCAGGCAAAAACCAGCAUAUGAGAAUUUUAUUUCAGCGCUUUGCUGAAGAGUAUUCGAAACACUCACAGAUAACUGCACUGUUGAUGAAAAUGUGAGGUGUUUGUGAGAUUUUAUUGGCAGUUAAGUCGUAAUGUUCACGAAGCUCUGUCACGUUUUUUCUGUAAAUAUGUUUCCUCAUUGAAAGCAUUGAACACAAAGUGCAUAAUAUUUGUGCAAGCCAUAGCUAUGUUGGCGGAGCCUCCUAAACUGGAAUAAGAACACACUGUGAAUAAAAUGUCCAGCCUGCC